UCUAAAAACCGUAACCCACAAUAACUUUUACUCUUUGCUGUUUUGUACUUGAAAUCUCUGUCUUUAGAAACGUUACUACUCUUCUGGGGAUUUCUUGGAAUUUGUGAACGUUCCAUUAUCGUAGACAGACAAAGGGAGUGUGCUACACUGCAGUGUCUUUUGAAACAUGUGGCUGUUUAGCAGAAAAGGGCCAUCUGGUUUCUCAUCAUCGUCCACUGCAGAGGAAGUUACACAAGGAAUUGAUGGCACUGGUCUCACUGCCAUUGUUACAGGAGCAUCCAGUGGUAUUGGCACUGAAACUACACGUGUUCUUGCACUGCGUGGUGUUCAUGUAAUUAUGGGAGUCAGAAAUAUGGCUGCUGGUAAAGAUGUCAAAGAAGCAAUUGUCAAGGAAAUUCCAACAGCUAAGGUUGAUGCGAUGGAAUUGGACCUCAGUUCAAUGGCAUCUGUGAAGAAAUUUGCAUCAGAUUUCAGCUCCUCGGGUCGUCCACUAAAUCUCCUUAUUAAUAAUGCAGGAAUUAUGGCAACUCCUUUCAUGCUUUCGAAGGAUAACAUAGAACUACAGUUUGCAACUAACCACAUAGGUCAUUUUCUUUUGACAAAUCUCUUGCUGGACACUAUGAAGAAAACUGCACGUGCAAGUAAAAGAGAAGGAAGAAUUAUAAAUGUCUCAUCAGUCGCUCACCAUUACACAUAUAAGGAAGGAAUUCGUUUUGACAAGAUUAAUGAUAAAUCAGGGUACAGCAGUUUUGCCGCAUAUGGCCAAUCAAAGCUUGCUAAUGUUCUACAUGCUAAUGAAUUAGCUAGACGCCUAAAGGAAGAUGGAGUGGAUAUAACUGCAAAUUCACUUCAUCCAGGAGCAAUUGUCACCAAUCUUUUCCGGCAUAAGGGCAUUGUUGAUGGCAUUGUUAAUAUCUUCGGUAGGGUUGCACUUAAAAAAGUCCAGCAGGGAGCAGCCACAACAUGCUAUGUGGCAUUGCAUCCACAAGUAAAAGGUAAAACUGGUGAAUAUUUCGAGGACAGUAACAUAGGCCAAGCGAGUGCACACGGCAGGAAUGUUGAGUUGGCAAAGAAACUCUGGGAUUUCAGCAUGAAGAUGGUUAAAUGAGCAAAAUAGCUGAUACUACCUGCAUCUGACCCAAAUUUAUAUACAUUCAUCUCAAGUAAUUACAUGCUCUUUCUGCCAAGCUGCUUACAAGGGAAACAGGGUUGAAUCAACGCUUACUAUUUUGUGGUUGAAGGGCUUGAACUUCUUUUUAUUUGACCAACAUUUCUAUUAAACUUAAAGCCUCUAUUUGAGAAAGAUGUUCUGGGAACAAGAAUUGUUCCUUAUACUUGGUACUUUUUGGGCGUCAGCAUCACCCUUUCAAUAUCUGCACUAUUUAUGACCUAUACCUAUUUUUCAAACGACA